GGUGUGGCAUCUCGGUGAGGCUGAUAGCUGGAGUGAAAGCGGCGUUGAGAGAUCAUCUUUCAGUGUGAGCCACUCACCUUUCAUUGCCAUGGCCCCGUAAAGCCGGCUGUGAGGGGCCAGGCUGCCGGUGGGAACGGACUCAGGCUCUCACGUGGACGCAUUCUGCAGAGAGGCGCGGUGCACCCAUGCAGAGCAUCUCCCUCAUGAGGCUGAAGUCUCAUACAUGAGCGAGGAGUCAUGCGGUUGCAUGGAUGACCUUCAUAUGAGAUUAAGAUACUUUGGCACACUUUUUUCCCCCCCCCCCUUUAUGCCCAGAGGGUCUGUGUGGCGGGAGCAGAGCGAGAGGUGGUAUUGAUCCCUCUGCUUUAUGAGUUUUCUUCACUGUGAGAGCGUGUCUGAAAGGCAGAGGGAGCCAGCAUGGCCAAGCCUCUCCUGAGGAUACAGCGCUACUUCUGCAGGAAACCCAUCCGCUUCUUCUCCCUCAUCUUGCUCUACCUGACUGCAGGGAGCCUUGUGUUGCUGCACUCCGGCUUCGUCGGGGACAGCGGCCCCGGUGCCCGGGGGGGCCGGGACCCUGUGGUAGCUUCAGAGGCGGGGGGCCGGGCUUCGUCAUCAGACACUCGGGGGCUUGGCAUCAUGAACAGGGUGUUCAAGGAGACGCGCAGGUCCGGCCGGAGAUUCGGACCUCGCUGGAUGAGGAAGAGCGGACAGGGGGGCCACGACACCGUGGGAAGAGGGGGAGACUAUACCAGCAGCUGGAAUCGAGCUCUCAAAGGACGCAAUGCCAAAGACAUAGACGACGGAAGAGCGAAGUAUAUUGGCUGCUACGUUGAUGACACUCAGAAAAGAGCGCUGAGAGGAGUUUCUUUUUUUGACUACAAAAAAAUGACUGUGUUUCGUUGCCAGGACAACUGUGCUGAAAGAGGCUACAUGUAUGCGGGUCUGGAGUUCGGAGCAGAGUGCUUCUGCGGGCACAAGAUCCAGGCGCCCAACGCUUCGGAGAGCGAGUGCAAUAUGGAGUGCAAAGGAGAGAGGAGCAACAUAUGCGGAGGAGCCAACAGGCUCUCCAUCUACAGGCUGGAGCUGAGCCAGGAGUCUGCGCGCCGCUAUGGCAGUGCCAUUUUUAAGGGCUGUUUUCACCGGCCAGACAAUGUCACAGCGGCUCUUCCCUUCAGCGCUGUCAUCCGAAACAUGUCUGUGGACAAGUGUGUGGACAUGUGCACAGAGAGGGAGAAAUCGCUGGCAGCUCUGGCUGGAGAGCGAUGCUACUGCGGCUUCCCGACUCCUCUCUUCUCCCUUCACGAGCUGGAGGACGAGGACAUGUGCCUCCAUCGGUGCCCCGGAGAAGAGUUUGAAAGCUGCGGAAAUGACAAGUUCUUUGUGGUGUACCAGACCCAGGUUCAAGAUAACCGCUGCAUGGACCGGCAUUUCCUUCCUGCUCGCACUAAGCAGCUGGUGGCGCUCGCCAGCUUCCCAGGAGCAGGCAACACCUGGGCUCGCCACCUCAUCGAGCUCGCCACCGGCUUCUACACGGGCAGCUAUUACUUUGAUGGGUCCCUUUAUAACAAAGGCUUUAAAGGUGAGCGCGACCACUGGCGAAGCGGGAGGACGAUCUGCAUUAAGACGCACGAGAGCGGCCGGAAGGAGAUCGAGGCUUUUGAUUCGAGCAUCCUCAUGAUCCGGAACCCCUACAAAGCCCUCAUGGCAGAAUUUAACCGCAAAUACGGCGGGCAUAUCGGGUUUGCCUCGCAGGCCCACUGGAAAGGAAAAGAGUGGCCUGAGUUUGUCAAGAAUUAUGCCCCUUGGUGGGCUUCUCAUACCUUGGACUGGCUGACUUACGGGAAGAACGUCCACGUCGUCCACUUCGAGGAUCUGAAGAGGGACCUGUUCAUCAAGCUCAAGGGGAUGGUCCAGUUUCUUGGCCUGAAAGUCUCAGAAGACCGGCUGCUCUGCGUCGAGGGCCAAAAGGACGGAAACUUCAAACGGUCAGGACUGCGUAAGCUCGAGUAUGACCCGUACACACCAGAUAUGCGACUGAAUAUCGACGAACUGAUCAGGACCGUAGACGCUGCUUUGAAGAAAAGGAACAUGUCCGGAGUUCCUGCGGAAUACAUGCCAAGAUGAUAAAUGUGAAUCCUUUUUAGGUUUUUUUCCCCCCCUCCUUUUAGGGGGACAUCUCUGUCAACAGACUGCACCGCAUAUUGUUGGAUUGCAAGACUUUAAUUGUUUUUUUUUUGGUUUUGGUUUUCGAGACGUUUUCCUGGAUUAGGGAGUUUGGAGAUAUAGUGAGACGUCGGCUUCUGUAUUUAUUGUUUCUGAUUCCCUUUUAUUUGAUUUUUCUGUUGAACUAAUGCGAGAGUUAAAUACUCAUACCUGCAUCUUUUUUUUUUUUCUUUCUCUGGGGAAUGUUUGUGUUUUCCUGUCUGAAAAUCACUUCAUACCCUGCUCUAUGCACAUGUGCUGUGUAGGUAUGUGCACAUGCCUUAAUACCAAGAAGGUACAAAAGCUGUGACCGCAGCAAAGCUUCUCAUCCCGGCUGUGCUCGAGGAUGUGUUUCCAGCAGCAUUUAGCACAAGAUAUAGAAAAUAGUUCUGCAAAGUGUAUUAAACAAAACAACAUGACUAUUAAAAAGGAAAAUCAACAUGUCUUAUUUUGAGUUGCUCCAACAGUAAACGCUGUUUUUUUUUUUUCUCAUGAGGUGUUCAGAUUCCUAAGCUGUUAUUCUGAGAGGAGAAAUGCAAUAUUUAGAGCAUGACUACAUGAUGACAAUGUUUCCACAUCUUUGUAGCUCAACUUUGCAUAUAGAACGUUUUAUUUGCUUUGAAAGUAGAGCUAGAGUUCAUUUUCGCUGAUUAAAGUCCUCAGCAUUUAUUUAUUUCUGGUGUGCACUGCACACGCUGACUAACAUGUUUUUGGAUUAGUUUUUUUUGUUUUGUUUUUUUUACACUGGACUUGAUGCAAAAAAUAAAUAAAAUAAUCCAAAUAGCACUACAGUGUGCAACACCUUCCCCAAAGAUCAACUAAGUUAUUAGUCACCCUGUAGGUUGGAGAUCACCUGAACAUGUAUUGUUACUGUAGAUGUAGGCUUUGUUUGUUUUUUUAAAGAAAGCUGUUAAAGCUGGUAGUCUCUUCAUUUUUAAAUUGAUUUUAAAAUAGUCAAGGAGAAUUAGUUCUCAGUCAGACAUCUAUAAAGGUAUUCUGCAUUCUUUGUCAUGUGUUUGGAAAUGAGGAAAUGCAUACUAAUAGAUACAUAUAAACAAGACUCCAAUGACAUACACUGGUGGCUGACCCAUAGCCAGAAGACAUUAACUGACUUCCAUUUUCAGUACAGUAUAAAUAUAUAUUUUUAUAGAUACAUGAUGAUGACACUUCAGAAGUAUUUGUAUUACAAUGAGCAAAUGGGAGAGGCUGAUUUUCUUUUCAACACAUGCUUUAAAUAGUAUUGGUUUUGGCUUUCACUGACAAGAUGGCACUUUGAGAGCAGGUGUCAUGUCUGAAUGUAUUUUUCUAUGAACUGAAUGUAAGGUUAAAAACACACAAUAAAGGAGUAAAUUAAAUAAACGGUGA